CGCGGCGGCCCCCUGCGAAGUAGGCCGCUGCGGCCGCGAAGCCCGCCAGGGUGCGUCAGGGAGCUGGGGACGUGGGCGAAGCGGCCCGGGGCGGUAGCGGUCCCGGCGGUGCGGAGCGAGGCUGUCCGCUGGGCCAGGGGCGAGCGCCGCGAGUGGUCCGCGUGUGAGGGCCCGGGGCUGGUGGGCAGGCCCGGUUCGGCGGCCGGCCUGAGCCGGCUGCGGGUCGUGUAGAUGCCGCAGCCGCAGCCGACCAGCCCCGGGCCGACCCUGGGGCUCCUGGGCAUCGGCCCCGCGCCCGUGGUGAUGGCGCCGCCCGCGGCCUUGCCUGGCCUGGCCAGGACGCCCGAGCUGCAGAAGCGCGUGCUGGACCUGGAGAAGAGCCUGCAGUUCGUGCAGCAGCAGCACGCGGACACCCUGCUGGGCCUGCACGCCGAGGUGGAUCGGCUGCGCCGGGACAACCGCGAUCUUCACUAUAAACUCAUAAUGAAUCAGAAGCUGCAGCGGAAAGGCGUGGCUUCUUCCAGUCCCUAUUUUCUCAAGUCCAGCUCAGGUGUGGUGUCGUCAGGUUGCUCAUCGUCCAAAGUCAAGCAUUUGUUUUGCUGCCCAAAGAAACAUGAGGUGGGGGAGUCCGGAGAAGAGAAGCAGGGCCCCAGCGUCAAGAUGGAGAAAGGCCCAGCCAGAGCAGAAGACACGGAAGCGUCGCCCUCCAUGCUGAUCCCCAUGAUGUCCUGCCAGCCCCAGCUCAAACACAUCCUGGGGGUUACAUCCUCGCCGAAGCUCCCCCCACACACGCGGAAGCUGUCCACUCUUCAGCAGUGUGAGCUGGUCAUUCGGCAGCUGUGGAAUGCCAACCACCUGCAGGCGCAAGAGCUGCAACACCUGAAGUCCGUCCUGGAAGACAGCACCCGACAGGCAGCCGAAGGCCCUUCGGCCAACCGUUCCAAGCAUCAGGAAGGUAUGCAGUUUCCCAAAGUUGCUGUUAAGAGUGCAGCCAAAAAAUGUUUGAUCCUAGCCCCAAUACCUGGGGCAGAGAGAGCAGUCCUGCCCGCCCUGAAGCAGACCUUGAGAAAUAGCUUUGCCGAGAGACAGAAGAGAAUGCAGGCUAUCCAGAGCCGCCGUCUCCACCGCACGGUCCUGUAGACGGCACCAGGCUGGUGCGGACGGGGGACCAGGGAGUGGGAGCGGGAGUGGGACCACAAGCACGUGGGGGCGGCAGCCUGAGCAGAUGCCUUGCAAGGUCAGGUCAUCAGCAGCGCUUCUCGCCUUGACCUCUGACCAUCAAGUUCUCGUCAAUGAGAUGGUGUCAACGCUUCCUUCUUGGCCUCAUCAGUCAGACUGCUGCCAUUUUCCCCAAAACACAUGCUCACAUAAAAAUGAAUUAGGAAAUUACUUUUUCCCUAC